AUCAUCAACUUCCGGUUCAGGUCACGUUUCAAGAUGGCUGACCGACGCAAGGACUGAACGGAGGGGCCGCCAAGAAUCCCUGGAAUUUCGCCCUCAAUUAUGCGUUUACGUUGCCCGUGUCCACCAUUCUGAGGAAGGUAACGAUGUGCACGACCUAGAGGCGUAGGCUGGGCUUCCUUCGCCGAGUUGUAACCACUUUUUGCGGUCGCGGGAAAGCGGAGAAAAGUUGGCGGGUUUUCGUGCAUCAAGUCCUGCAGAGCUAGAGAGGUGGUCUGUGAACCAGCCAGCGCGCGACGCGCCAACACUCCUACUUGCAACUUGAGUACAGAUAACAAGGUUAAUGAAGAGGAGGGGGUAAGGUUUGGUCCUGUUUGUCAUCUUAGGAAGAGAGGAGCCCAGGGAGAGAAGAUCUCUUCUCCAGCUGUGAGAGUGGUUACCUAGGCAACCAUGCAGUGUGGCAGGGACAUGUGCAGAUCAGCUGCCGUCAGUGUAACGUUACUACCUCAACAUUGAACUGUGGGCGUGCUGGGGCGACAUGGAAAACAUACGCCGCCAUUUUAAAGAGUUCAAGCCCAAGCACGACACGGAGACGUCAGCGGCGACAGGACACGGUCAGAGCUCGGAUGCCGCCGCGGGAGGCGGCACUGAGUAUCGUUCUCGGAGCACCAGCAUGCCGGUCACGCUGGACAUGCAUGUCGCCGAGAUCCAACAGUCCGUCAACCAUUUUCUCAACACUCUAAAUUCUCUCUGCGGGGCUGGGACCCAACUGGCGGAGGUCUUCUCUACCGUGUUUGAAGAGACGAUGUUGUGGGACGUCACGAGGCAGCUGGUGCAGAUUUGGAGCGACGUGAGUUUAGCGACAAGCAGCAAUAGUACGCAGGUGAAGGAAGAAGUCGUUAUGGCUCUGUCCGAACUAGCGCUGAAGGGGGAAGACGACGCAUCUACAGACGGCAACUCAUCCUUACAAGAGCAAGAUCUCCAGGUCCUGGGGAAGUGUCUGCAGUGCAUGUUGAACCUACAGUACCAGUUCCUCACGUCUUACGGCAGCAUCAUGGCCGCCGUGAAGAACAGCGCGGGAAACCACGCCUCGCUGCUGGCGGCGGAGUCACGGCAGCACGGAGAUGCAGUACUGCAGUCGUCCAGAGAGGUGGCACUGCACUCCUGGCAAACCGUCAAACAGAUGUUGUACAGCCUGCACCAGUGUCAGGCCGUGACCUUACCCGACCUUUCACAGCAAAACCUGUCAGAACAGGUUCGCAGAGACGCUGGGCAGAAGCUGGACCAGGCCUGGCUGGUGUACAAGCGGACUCUGGAGAGGUAUGCUGGGAACGAGUUCCGACUGUUGGGUGGUUUCUAUGGCAACCCGCAAGCCCUGGAGCUGGUCCUCAAGGGCUGCUGUAGUGACGAUGAGAUCCGACAGUCUGCGACUAACCCCCACCUGACGGACCCCACCACCCUCAUCUACAAGGAGCUGGCCAGAGUCGACGUCCAGAUCGGCUCCGUGGUGUACCGCGGAACGUCCACGGGCAGUCCCGGACAGAACAUCAAGAACAAGAUGGUGGCCAUGCGCCAGCUGCUACAGGCUGCAGCAGAGCAGCAUGGGAAGGGCAGUAUCCUGGGCAGCGUGGUUGACCGUCUGACGUGCCUGGUGCUGAGCCAGGCCUGCCCCUCCGUCACUCACCCCACCAGCAAGACAGCCGUACAGCUCUGCUUCGGCAGGGCAGGCCUGGUCUCUGUAAGCUGUACCUCCCUGCCUAGAGGUACUACAGGAGCCAGAGUCACCGUUUCAGGCACACAUGUGGUCGUGCAGGUCACAACUGCAUGGUGUCUUCAGAAGGACAACAGGGUUCUGUCCAAGUUGCAGCGAACCUCUGAUGACAGUUGUCGGCUGGGUGUCGUAGAUGCCAUCUACACUGCCAUAAUCGAUCCUGCUAGACUCCUGGAUGGAAGGGAGCAGAUGUUACCCACUAUCCAAGUCAAGCUGCGGUCGGACAUGUACAGUCAGGACUCAGGACCUCCCAGUGCCACAGCCCCCACCUCCCCCACAGUGUUAGCAGACUACAAGAUGCCAGGCGAGGCCAUGCACAGACGUGGCAACCUAGAGGGGGAGGGGGGCAUCAAGAAAACCUUCAACAAACUCACUUCCAAGUUUGGGCGGAAAGGCUCUUACUCUCCCAGCCCUUCUAACGAUGCCACGAAACAAAGUGCCUUCUACUCAAACUCCUCCCAACCCCCUGCUGCCAUGGCAACGUCCAAUGGGAAUAGAUUUUCUGCCCCCAUUGCUGACCAAUCAGGGACUAACUUCACCUUCCCACCAAGACCAACUGACCAAUCAGCAAAGAGUAUGACAUAUCCCAGUAGAACAGUGGUGGUGAAGGACCCCCCACCCCCCGAGAUGAGACCGGGCCGUCUGGAACAGAAGGAGGAAAGACGACUUUCGAUGAUCGAGGAACAGUCUGAGUCCAACACUUGUGAAGAGGAGAAGAAAGAAGAAACUGCGCCAGAAGAGAAUCCAGAAGGAGCCAAUAGAGGAGAUUCUGUUCGAUCCCCAAGUCUUGCCACGGAGGAGGAGAUCCAGGAGGUCAUCGACUUCCUGUCGCGUCACCACAAACCUCAGCCGCUCGCCACCGACGGGUCCCCGCCCGGUAACCGUAGCAACCGCAAGAGCUGGACCACGGAGGCCGCCAACUUCCUGUCCAACCUGCGCACCUCGGACCCGAGCAGCCUGCCCAGCGAGAAGUCCAGCUCGGAGGACGCCAGCAGCCAGAGGUCCAACAGCCUGCCCAGACCGGCCGACUUCGGCCGCAACACGUGGCCCAGCAGGAUCCGGCCGGUGAGCGGGCUGGGCGGAAACCUGGAGCAGCUUGCGGGGAGUGAGUUCUCGUCGGAUCCAGAGUACGCUCACUACGUAGCCAGUAUGAACAACUACCUGCAGGCCCAGCAGAGUAAAGUACGGCACAGGUGGGGAGGGGAGGGGAUGCGGACACAGUGGUCCAGUCAGGAGGGCCGGCUCAACUCCACCUGGCCCAUACCGCCUUCUUCCAACGAAAGAUACAACUCCCUCCCCCUGAUCCUGCCCCACUCCCGGCUGGACUCCCCACCUCUGGUGGACCAAACCAAAGCCGCAUCUUUCUUUGACCUUCCUUUGUCAAGUGAAGCCCUGGGAGGGAACAACAGCUGGUGUAACCUGGACUCCGGCAGUGCCAGCUCCAGUGAUGACACCUCCUCCACCAACGGUGAUGUCUUCUCCAUGGGGCUGGGCCUGACCGGAAACGACCUCAUACAGAAAUGCAGUGAAGGAGGAGAGAGCACACCUGAGUCAGAACACCUGCAGGGAUUCCUGGACGAGCUCGCACAGAUGGAACCAAAGUCAACAAAAACAUGGCCGCCCAAGUCUCCAUGGCAACGGUCUCUCCCGGGAGGAUUCCAGUUCUCGGAACAGCCCCCUCCGGUCGACGGCCAUGUGACCGCCAUCCAGCAGUGGAGCGACCCACUUCCGCAGGGGUCGGCUCCCGAGGUACACCCCUCCGUCACGGCGCAGUGGAGCGAUCCGAUCCCGAUGGCCAGCACGUCCCCCUGGUCCACCGCAGGAGACAACUCCCCCUCCACCCCGCCCCCCUCACCGGAUUUCCCCCCCAUAACGACAGUGCAAUGCGCGGACACCCCAAACUAGAUAGAAGACUAGCCUACAUGCCCCCGUAUCAAAAUAUGUAAAAUCGUGUUGACAACGUCUAGCUUUUGUACAAGUACUUGUCGACUGAAAGCACAGUGAAUCUAUUAUUAUUAUGAUUAUAACUAUACCGAAUCUCUACACAAUGAACUAUCACAAGAUUUUCUAUGCUGGAGUUUGUUCCAGUCAUUGAGUCCUGAUUGUCUGUAGCGGGAUAGGAGAGCUACAAAGUGCCUUUGUGGUAAGACGAGAUAAAAAAAAAAGACUUCCUGGCCAGUCUAAGGUGGUCUGAGUCACAGAAAUGACACAUGAAGAGAGAUAGUGUUGAGUCGAACUAGCUGCAGUUCUGUAAAAUGUUGCUAGGUGGUAGUUACGUAGAGAAGUAAAGCAUUGUUGGGGGCUGGUCAUAAUGUUGAGUAAUGCAGUCUGUUCAGAGAUAAAACUUGAUUGAUAGAUGCUCACAAAGAUCAAAAUUUCUUAGGCCGAACAUGUACAACCUAUGCACUUAUCAAUGUAAACCUCCUGGUCGUUGGGGGGACAAGGUAGAAGUAAGGAAGGAUAGCAGUAUCCAGGCCAGUCGAUCUAUUACAGCAGUCAGCCUUUCAGACAGUUUUUUUUUUGUUCAUACCACCCAUAAAUAGGUAGAACCAGCCUACAAUGCAUUGAAGGUGCAAAACUCUUCUAGCAGUCAGAACAAUUGUCAAUUUGUCAUCAAUCUUGCUGGAAUUUUACAUGGAUAAGUGCAUAGGUGAUGUACGGAAAUACAUGUUCUCUUGAAUCCUUUUCAUUUAUUGAUAGGUUUAUGUUUUGAUUUAGAUAACAGUCCCCUUCUGUAUUAUCUUUUUUUGUAUGUCAAAAGUAUAAUUGCAUGCAGGGCAUCUUUAUACUUUCCUUUUCACAAAUAACAUUUCUUUUUUUUGUAACAUUUGUUUAUAUUAACAAUGUUAGGUUUAUAUGGCUUGGUUGAAUGCAAUUUAUUGCUGUAAAUUAUUAUUAUUUUUUUGGUUAUACAUGGUUUAGUAUUGAAAAGAAAAACUACUAACUGUUUCAAAUUGCCUUAAUGAUGUAUCGAUGAGGAUCGAAGUAAAAAUGUGUCAUCUUGUUC